AUGAGUGAACCUCAGUUAGCUACAUCCACCGAUGGAGAAACCCAGGACCUUAAAUUGCAAGCAAAACAACUGCGGCAACGUCUUGAUACUGCUGUCGAACAAAUCCGAGCGUUACAGAACGAGUCUUCUGGGCUUCUGGCAGAAAACAAAUAUCUGGAAGAAUAUAUUGGAAAUAUUUUAGCACCAGCAUCUGCAAAAUGA